AUGUUCGUCAAAUCCGAAACCUUGGAGCUGAAAGAAGAGGAGGACAUGCUGGUGCUCUUGGGCUCGUCCUCCCCUUCCUCGUCUUCCCUGACCCCGCUAACUUCCAGCUCGGAGGAAGAGGAGGAGGAUGACUUGGACGCACCUUCCCGAGGGCGGCGGCCUCGGUUGGCUGAAGCCGAGCAAGCAUCGGGAGGGGGAAUCGGCGGAGACGGAGGGGGCGGCGGCGGAGGCGGCGGGGCAGAAGUUUGCAAGCCAGCCGCUCGCCUCCUGAGCCUGUCUCAUGAGUGCAAGCGCCGGCCGAGCCGGGCCCGAGGGAGCUCCCGGGGCGCCAAGACGGCGGAGACGGUUCAGAGGAUCAAAAAGACGCGGAGGCUCAAGGCCAACAACCGCGAGCGUAAUCGGAUGCACAACCUGAACGCGGCGCUGGACGCGCUGCGCGAGGUGCUGCCCACGUUCCCCGAGGACGCCAAGCUCACCAAGAUCGAGACUCUGCGCUUCGCCCACAACUAUAUCUGGGCCCUCACCGAGACCCUGCGGCUGGCUGACCACUGUGGGGCCGGGGGCGUGGGCGGCGGCGCUGGCGGCCUGCCCGGGGCGCUCUUUUCUGACGCCGCUGCUGCAGCCGCGUUGCUGAGCCCCGGGGGAGCGAGCGCGGUCCUGAGCAGCUGCGGCGCAGACAGCCCCUCGCCAGCCUCCACUUGGAGCUGCAGCGACAGCCCGGCGUCCGCGUCUCGCACGCCCUCCAGUUCCACCUCCCCCUAUAGCUGCACUUUAUCGCCCGCCAGCCCGGCCAGCUCCGGAGGCGGCUCCGACUUGGACUACUGGCAGCCCCCGCCCCCAGACAAACAUCGUUACGCACCUCUGCACCCCAUAGCCAGGGACUGUAUGUAA